AUGCAAACGACAAAUAAUCCAGAUUAUUUAAAACCUAUUCCAUGGCCUUUUAAUCCUAACAUUGUGAUCUGUGAGAAAAAUGAUUCAAUUCCCCAUAUGCCGGAAACAAAUCUUCAAUAUAGUGAAGGCUAUUCAAUGAAUUUGAAAAAUAAUGAUGGCAUCAAUAACUAUGAUAAUGGAAGAGGAAAAAAACAAAUGAAGAAGGCAGUGAAGAAAGGAAGAAAGAAUUUUGACAAAAGGCCAUUAGAAAUGAAAUAUGCAAAAAAUAAACCUCCAAUGGCUGUAACAAAACGAAAUGAACGGGAACGAACUCGAGUCCAUAUCGUUAACCAGGCAUUUGUUGACCUCAAAGGUCAUCUUCCAUCGAUCCGGACGAAUUUAAAACGUGUUUCGAAAUUAAAGAUUUUGAAAGCUGCGAUCAAUUAUAUUAAUACUUUAACUUCUUUAUUGCAGGAAUACCCAUCAAGGAAUUCGAAAUUUCUGGCGAUGAACCGAUUUUAUGGUGUAAAUGCAAAAAAUUUUACGGAAUUAUCGAGUAUCAAUCAAGAAAACUUGAAAGAUCAUUUUCCAGCCACCUUUUCGAAUUCGAGAAAUCCGUUCCAUCGACGAAUGGCUCCAAAAGAUUCAGAUCCAAAAAAAUUGCUCGUCGAAGCAGCACCAUCAUUGCAUUUCCAUGAAGAUUCUCAGGCGAUUGUCAGCUCUUUUUAUAAUAAUCCCGUUUAUUUGCACAAUUAUAAUAUGCAAUCUUUUCCUUAUCAUUAG